AGAAAAAAAACAAGAAAAUAAUAAUUAUAAUAAUUUCAGAAAGAAAAAAACAAGGACCGAACUGGUUAACCGAUGAAUGCUGCAACAGUUAGACACAACCUCAGAGUCGUAUGUCAUUAGAUGUUUGUUGAGAAAGAGAAUAAAUAAUUUUAAUUGAGGAAAAAAUAAAGAAGCCAAAAACCCUAAUAAAAAUUCCAGUCACGACGUGAGCCCCAAUUCCAUUUUCCUCAAAUCGUCUUCCUUCUCAUCAAAUCAACGCUCUCUUUUUCUUCAACGUUUUGCAUUUCUGAUAUGAUUUGUAGAAUGUUCUGAUAUCUAGAUCUUUCUCUCUCUCUCUCUGUGUUAGAUCUCUAGGAGAUUUGUCUGUAUGAUUGUUGUUGGAAGUGGUUAUGGUGUUUAGACAGGAGAGAUCUGUGUCUGUAUAGAGGAUAAGGUUAGGGUUAUUUUCUCUUGCGUGAAACGGAAGGAAGGGACUCUUUUUAUCUUUUUUGCGUUUCCUUAGGUUUUGUUAGAAAAGAUGGGGAAUGUAUGUGUUCAUAUAGUCAGCAAUUGUGUGGAUACGAAAUCAAACACAUGGGUUCGUCCCACAGAUCUCAUCAUGGAUCAUCCAGUGAAGCCGCAGCUCCCUGACAAGCCUCCUCAACAUAUGUUGAUGCACAAGGAUGAUGAUAAACCCAAGGUUGAAGAUGGAGACCCUAGGUUACUUGAAGAGAAAGCGUCAACGAGUGUUGCAAGCUCAGAUUCUCAAGGAAGCAAGACUGAGACGAGGAAGCGCAGUGAAGAAGAAGGAGAAGAAGAAGAGGAGGAGAGGAAGAAGCGUGCGGGUAGGAUAGCGUGUGGGAACAGCAAGAGGAAACCUCACAACGUGAGGAGACUUAUGAGCGCAGGGUUGCAAGCAGAGUCGGUGUUGAAAACGAAGACAGGGCAUUUGAAGGAAUAUUAUAACUUGGGUAGCAAGUUAGGUCACGGGCAGUUCGGGACGACGUUUGUGUGUACGGAGAAAGGAACAGGGGAGGAGUACGCGUGCAAGUCGAUACCAAAGAGGAAGCUGGAUAACGAAGAAGACGUGGAGGACGUGAGAAGAGAGAUUGAGAUAAUGAAACAUUUGUUAGGUCAGCCUAACGUGAUCUCCAUCAAAGGAGCUUACGAAGACGCGGUGGCUGUUCACAUGGUGAUGGAGCUGUGCAGAGGAGGUGAGCUGUUUGAUAGGAUAGUGGAGAGAGGGCAUUACUCCGAGAGAAAAGCUGCUCAUCUGGCUAAGGUCAUACUUGGUGUGGUCCAGACUUGUCAUUCUUUAGGUGUGAUGCAUAGAGAUCUUAAACCUGAGAACUUUCUAUUCGUCGAUGAUCAAGAGGAUUCGCCUCUUAAGGCUAUUGAUUUCGGGUUGUCUAUGUUUGUCAAGCCUGGAGAAAACUUCACGGAUGUGGUUGGUAGUCCAUACUACAUUGCACCUGAAAUUUUGAACAAGGACUAUGGUCCUGAAGCAGAUAUUUGGAGCGCUGGUGUGAUGAUUUAUGUGCUACUCUCCGGCUCAGCUCCUUUUUGGGGUGAAACGGAAGAGGAAAUCUUCAAUGAGGUUCUGGAGGGUGAGCUUGAUUUGUCAUCAGAUCCAUGGCCACAAGUUUCUGAAAGCGCGAAAGAUUUGAUCAGAAAGAUGCUUGAGAGAGACCCUAAAAAAAGACUUACUGCUCAACAAGUGUUGUGCCAUCCUUGGAUUAGAGAUGAAGGAAAUGCACCAGAUACACCUCUUGAUGCAGUUGUAUUGAAUCGCUUGAGGAAGUUUUCAGAAACAGACAAGCUCAAGAAGAUAGCUUUAAAGGUGACUCUGGAAACGCUUUCUGAGGAAAAGAUUCACAAUCUGAGAGAAGCUUUCAAGAUUAUAGACAGUGAGAAGAGCGGGAGAGUAACUUAUAAAGAACUCAAAAGCGUUCUUGAAAGAUUCGACACAAAUCUUGACAACUCUGACAUCAGUGGUCUUAUGCAAACGCCAAUGAAUGAGCAUAUGGAAGACACAAUAGACUACGAGGAAUUCCUAGCGGCUAUUGUAAGACUUAAAGAAUUACAAGACGAGGAAGCAAAUGAUCGUUUAGAUUCAUCAACAAAAGUGUAAUGAAGUUGUCUGAAGAAGUGUAAUGAGUAAUCAAAACUGAUGAUGAUGAUGAUGAUAUAUUUAGACUUGUAGGAACUAGGAAGUCACAAAAGGGCUGCAACAGAUUGAAAUAUGAGGGGCAGAAGGAGAAGAGGGACAAAAAGAGGGCAGGCACAAGAAAGAAGGUUGAUGGAUGGAAAGACCAAUAACUAUGUAGGUUCUUUUUUAUUUUGUUUAUGAUAUGUUUUAAAAAAGUUUAGAGCAAAAAAUAAAAAGCUAUGUUUGUAUAUAUAUAAAAGUUGUUGUA